CCCCUGUUCUCUCUGGGACGGUUAUCCUCAUCUAUUUUGCCGGUCGGGCACUCGACAGGAGGGGCACUUGUUCAUCGGCUUACUUUUAGUCAGCUCCAUUUUUUCCGCUGUGGAAAAUUCUUUAUCGGUCUUUGGUGGGAAGCCGGUUACUGAACUCGGGUGGGGGUGUGGGCGUCCCUCUCUGCUGGGGUUUGACAAGGGGGUCCACCAGAUCUAAUUGGAAACUUCAAGUUUCUAUCUCUAUUUACAAAGGAACUUUUGUUGCUUUUCUGGCUUUUUCUGGCCCGGUGGCCUGGUGGCUAAAGCUCCCGCUUCACACACGGAGGGCCCGGGUUCGAUUCCCGGCGGGUGGAAACAUUUCGACACGUUUCCUUACACCUAUUGUCCUGUUCACCUAGCAGCAAAUAGGUACCUGGGUGUUAGUCGACUGGUGUGGGUCGCAUCCUGGGGGACAAGAUUAAGGACCCCAAUGGAAAUAAGUUAGACAGUCCUCGAUGACGCACUGACUUUCUUGGGCUAUCCUGGGUGGCUAACCCUCCGGGGUUAAAAAUCCGAACGAAAUCUUAUCUUAUCUUGUCCAGCCUUGGGCAACAAAUCUUCCUCGUACCAUCGAGAAGUCGGGCUCGAUACAGCGUAUGCUGUCACUGGCCAUGAUAAACCCAACAACAACAAAGAAAGAAAUUAUGGCUCGGGGAAGUAUAGUCCUUAACAACAAGUGUUGCACGUGUUGUCGUCCUGGUGUUAUGUUGAACACAAGCACUGUUGUUAAUGAUUCUAUCCUCAAGGGCACCUCAGUACACACCAACUUCACAGCUCUUUUUUUUUUUUUCCUCACUACUUCCUACGGAGGAGCUUACAUGAAAGGAAGUUGGUGAUCGCCAGGUUAUAAACAUACUUCACGUUACUGGCAGACAGCUUGUGUAUGUCACCAGCUUAUUCACAUAAGGAAAAAAUGUCUUCUACUACAAAAAAGAAGCAUGUGGAACGUGAGCUGUGCGAGGAUUUUAGCCUUCCAGGUGAGCACCAGUCAAUUGUCAGAGUAGUCAGACCUCGUGGCAAUAACUUGCAUCAGGUAGUAACAGCUGAUGGGGAAGAAUUCUUAGCCUCUAUGCCUCUUAAAUUUCGCAAGCAUGUGUGGAUCAAACGAGGAGAUUUUGUUGUUACGGAACCAAUACCAGAGGGAAACAAAGUCCGUGCAGAGAUUGUUAGAAUUUUGAUGAAAGACCAAAUACAUUAUAUAAUGCAAAAUAACAAAUGGCCUUCUGGAUUUGUUGAACACAGUGAUGAGGAAAAAGAAUCAGCUAUCCUUGAUAGCCUUGAAAGAUUCAAAAUGACUAAGGCUAGUGAAAGUGACACAGAAAGUGAUGAUGACCUCUUAAUGGAAAAUACAAAUAGACAAAUGGUUUAUGUGGAGGAAUCUGACAGUGGUGAUUCUGAUGAUGAUGAGAAUCUUAAUGAUGACAUUAAAUAAUUAGUGCACUUGAACAUUGUUAUGUGCACUCAUAUUUAGUAAGUUUCUAAAUUGUACAAUUUGCUCUAGGGAAAUUUUUUUAAUUGUUCAUAUUUGUUACUACAGUAGAUCCUUGAAUAAUGUGUUCCAAUAACAUGUUUUCAUUAAGAAUAAAAAGGGCACAAUACUGUGAGUGGAACAGUACACAAAUAACCUGCACAUAGGAGACUGAAACUUAUGACAUUUUGGUCCAACUUAUUCCAUUAACUAGUCACUGAAACAACAUCAUAAGUUUGUCUCCUAUUUUUGUAAUGUUUCAUUAAAUUGUAAUUUAAAUUUUGCUACCCAAUUUCUAGUAACAUGGAAGUACAACUAUAUAACAUGUCUUAGGCUUAUACAAUUGUUGGAUAUGUUGGUGAUUAAUAGUAAAAUGUGAAAAUGUCAUUAAAUGAGAAAGUGAAGAGAUUAUCUUACAGCACCUCCAUGAAAAAUAUCUUUCAUUGCUUUUAAUAACCAACAACAAAAACACCUGCCACGCUAUUUUUUUAUUGUACAGUGCUACUGCGCUUUUUUUUUGUUAGUACUUUCUCAAGUACAGUGGAACCUUGAUUUUUGUAUGCCCUAGUUUGUAUGUAAAACUAUAGUUAUUGUCUAUAAAAUGUAUUUUUUGUUAAUAUUUCCCAUAAGAGAUAUUGUCACACAUUUCCACAUCAAGAAACAACAAGUACAGCAUACAAAAUGGAAAAUUUAGCUUUUUUUGACAAAUUAUGAAACUUAAAAAAAACUUUCUUGGAUUUUUCAAAGUAUUAGUAAGUUAUUUUUUUUUUUUUUUUUUUUUUUUUUUGACAUAACAUGCCACUUUCAGGAACAUAACAUCAUGUUAUUUGAGGGUCUGCUAUAUUUUGUUCUCUAUUUAUUUUUGUCCAUAAUAUUUUGUCACAUUCCAAACUACUCUUGUUCAAAUUUUGGCUAUCAACUCAACCAGAGCUGUGGACCCAGUCAUCAGCUGGUAUAUCUGGUAUAAAAGUCAGUCAACCUUGAAUGGAGAUACAAGUGCUUGGAAUUAUUUAGUGAGGUCUUUGUCUUGUAAACCUGUAUUUAUCACUGAUUGCCAAGCAGUCUUAACUUUUUAUAAUCAAAAGCAUUAUUCUUCACCUUUAUUAUAUAAUGCUGAGUGAUAAAUCACAUAGAGAUAAAAUGAUUGUUCAGUCAGAUAUAUAUUGUUGAUUCAAGAACUGAGUGUUAAUGAGUAAACCUUGCAUGCUUGACCAUGAAUUCCAUUUUAUACCACUGAUUUUUGCUCAUAAUUGUAAUGUUAUGCCUAUAUGCUGAUGCAUGAGAGAAUAUGAGAGUUAAGCCAGAUGUAAUGUUAUGCCUGUAUGCUGAUGCAUGAGAGAAUAUGAGUUAAGCCUGAUUAACAUUUAGUUGCCUGAGUGUUCAUGUUAAAAUCUUGAAUAUUUCUUGUGAUAUUAAUUUAUACCUCUGAUAAUCUACUCAAAAUUAUAUCACACCUAUUAUAUGUGCUGGUGCUUUAUAAGAGACACUAAUGAAUGAGAGGUAAAAUUAGUCUUAAACCAAAGAAUCUCCAAGACACAAAAAGAAAAGGUGUUGGUUUAGCCAUGAUUACAUUGGACUACAUGCAGUUAACAUCAAGAGCCUGGCUGAUAAGCCUUACAACCAGAAGACCUGGUCCUGAAUUGGACCACAGUGGUAGUGGCCCUUGGAACCAUCACAAAUCAGGUGUAGUAUGUACUACAUGAGAAAUCACUUGGAGAAAAUCAUGAAACUUAACUCUAUUUCAUCCUCAAAGAUCCUCUUCAACAUAAAAAAAUUCAGAUAUCUUUUACCUGUGUUUUGUGUUUCUGUUCAUGUGGUUUCUCACUUUGCAUCAGGCAGUGUUUACAACACUGAAAACUAAGCGAACGAACAAGUAGGAAGGCAUAUAUGCUUUAGUUAUGUACUUAUGACUGCUAGGUAUUACCUCACAUGAUGUGGUGUAUAAUCAUGUACAUUGUGCUGUAUUUGGAAGAGAAGACAAAUAUAGAUACACUAGGACCCCAACUUGCGAGGUUCCAAGUUAUGGAGUUUUGUACUUAUGACAUAAGUAUUUUGGAAUCAAUUAAUUACUUAACCCUUUCACCGUCGAAAGCCUUGCUCACAAACUUGCUACUGUGUAUGAUAAUCUAUGUAACUGUAUUUGUGUAUGCCUGAAUAAACUUACUUAUUCUUUGAGA